GGUCCCAGAGAUCACUUGCAAUCGUUGAACAUACCGGUGGUGGCGGACCUCCCGGUGGGCGACAACCUUCACGACAUGGUAUUUGUGCCGCUUUACUAUCGUAUCGACAACUCGUCACUAAUAGAUCCGUUGCCCUAUUUUACUGUCGAAAAUCUGUACAAUUUGUAUACGAGUGCGAGCGGGCCGUUAGCCCAUCACCCCGAUGGCAUCACAUACAUCAACACCCGACACAAUCAACGCGGUCUGGAUUGGCCCGACUCUAUGAUCAUAUCGGUUGUCGAGUACUUUGGCGACAGUUUGAACGGAACGGUCUCUCAAUAUAUCGAUAACUCUCAAUUGUGGUCCGAUUAUUGGCGCCCAUAUGUUGGCGGAUAUUACAUGGCAUUGGAUCCGGUGUUGGCCCGACCGGUGAGCAGAGGUACAGUACGUCUGAAUAGCAGCAACCCUUACGGCCCGCCAUUAGUGGAUCCGAAAUAUUUGACCGAAAAACGCGACUUUGAGACAAUUCUGGACGCCGUCCGACUCACUGUCUAUAUAACAAUGAAAGCGCCCAUAAGUGGUGUCACUGUAUUUCCUCCCAUUCCCGGCUGUCAACUGUGCGACAAGCGAUACAUUUGCGACGACUAUCUCAGGUGUCACGUGAGACAACUGGCCAGAAGUUACUAUAACUUUGUGGGCACGUGUAGGAUGGGUCAAAGCGGCGAUAAUAAGGCAGUGGUUGACAGUCGGCUUCGGGUUAGAGGCGUAUCCAAUCUGCGAGUAGUGGACGCGUCGGUCAUCCCUGAGAUCCCUAACGGACACACAAACGCCGCCACUAUUAUGAUCGCCGAAAGGGCCGCACAAUUCAUUACACAACAUAAUUAA